AUGUUUAAAGAUCUUCCAGUUGAUGAAAUCCCAGAUAUAAUCAGAUUUUAUCAAAAUGAAUACGAAGACAAGAUGGAUGCCUAUUGCAGGAAGGAAUUAAAACUCAAGAUAUUCGUUCCAAGAAUCGAUACUCUCAGAUCAAUAUUAAAACAAGCAGCGAACUUAUUCAAGUUAGAGAAAACAGUUCUUGAGAUUCAGUCACCAUGCAUUGUUUUAGGUGAUAUUCAUGGACAGCUCAUCGAUUUACUGAGAAUUUUUCAUUUUAACGGUUUUCCUCCACUCAGGAAAUAUAUUUUCCUUGGUGACCUUGUUGAUAGAGGCGACUUUUCAAUGGAAGUACUAGUUCUCAUUUUUUCUUUAAAAAUUAUGUAUCCAAAUCAAGUAUAUGUAUUAAGAGGCAAUCAUGAGUGGCAAGAUACUCAGUUCAAAGAAUGUUUCAUAAAUUCAGCAAUAGAGGAAUGGAGAACGCCUGAUAUUGCUAAGUGGGUCAAUAACGCAUUUAACCAAAUGCCAUAUGCAGCGAUCAUUGACAAAUACGCUUUAUGCAUACAUGGUGGUGUAGGUCCAUCCAUUCAGAAAUUAGAUGAUAUUCAGAAUAUAAAACGACCAGGUCCGAUAAUGGAUGAUGAAGUCGCAACAGAACUCACCUGGUCAGAUCCAUUUGAUAAUAUUCCACUUUAUAUGUCCUCUCCUAGAGGCGUUGGAUACUUAUUUGGUCAAAAUGCGUUGAACUCUUUCCUGAGAAAUUCAGGUUUAGAAUUAAUUGUUCGCGGACAUGAAUGCGUUAACGAGGGUGUUAGAUAUUCUCUCAACAAGCUUUGCAUAACUGUGUUUUCCGCUUCAAAUUACUGCGGCCAAAACACUAAUAAGAGUGGAAUUUUAGUUUUCAAUCCAGGAACUAAACCAGAAGGUUUGGCCUUUGAUCCAUUGCCAUGGGUUACAAAGGCUGAAGCAGUAAAUCAGACUUCUUCACCUAUUGAGAAGAGAGGUUAUUAUAUUAAACCUUCUUCUUCAGAAAAACUCCUGAGCAAUUUCAGAAAUCAAAUGGUUCCACAAGUUUCGAAGCCUAAACUUAAUAAAUCAGGUACGAUAACAGGCUUACCUCCAAUCACUGGUUUAAACUCUCCUCCAAAACUUCCGUCAUUGUGA